AUGGAUUCAUUAGAAAACUCAAAUAAAAGAUCUACUAGAAAAACUAAAGGGAAAAGAUACAGCUGGACUAUUGAUGAAUCAUCAGGAAUGGGCAUUAAAACAGGCCCUUGAACUGAAGAAGAAGAUGCAGCAGUAAUCAAACUCGUACACAAAAUUGGGCCUCAAAAGUGGAGCUAUAUCGCAAGACAUCUCCCAGGCCGAAUCGGAAAACAAUGCAGAGAACGCUGGCAUAAUCACUUAAACCCUCAUAUUCGUAACGAUUCCUGGACAGUCCAUGAAGAAUGACUAUUAUUCUUAUAUCACAAAACCCUUGGAAACCGAUGGGCAGAAAUUUCAAAAAUCCUUCAAGGCAGAACUGACAAUUCAAUAAAAAAUCAUUGAAAUUCUUCAAUGAAAAAAGUGAUUCCUGAGCUCUCAUGUAAAUAUGAUUUACUUAUCAGAUGUCAUGGUCAUGAUGAUUCUCAUACUUGUAUACAGCAUCCUUUAGAAGAUCUAGGGAGGAGGAAAAGGGGUCGUAAAUCUGCAAAUGAAAUAGCUGAGGGAAGCGAUAUUUAUUGUGUGCAUGCACAUAGGCAGAUUUUAGCUGAAGCUUUGGAAGCUUAUCAGCAAGAAGUUUGCUCAGGCGAUGAUAAAGAAAAUACUCCUUCUACUCCUUUGACUAAUAAGAAAAGAAUUCUUGUUGACUCUACACCAAGCUGUAAAGUUUAUAGGUUUCAGUUAGAGACUGAGGAGACAAGUUUUCAGUUUAGUCCUGAUGUGUCUCCUCCACCGAAAAAUAAUUUAACUGCUUUUUAUACUUCAAGUUUUCUGACAGAUACUGCAGCAAGCUCAAAUGGGAAUUCUUACAGUUUGAGAACUCCUGAUCAAAACAAAUCUCCAUAUUCUACGCUGUUUGAAAGUCCUAGCUUCAUGCUGAAUUUUGAUGCAAGUCCAAAAUAUUAA